CGCGCCGCCAGCGUCGGCGAGUCGUGCCCGGUAACGUUCCAAAUUCAAAUUUCGAUUCUAAAUUCGAAUAUAGUUUUUAAAAUUCGAAUACAGAAAACAAAUGAACAUCGAUGUUUGUUAGUGUUGUGAAUGUCCUAGGGUGGUGACAUGAUCGUGUAAGAACUUUAAAUAUAUUUAAGCUAUAAGUGGAACUAUGAAGUGAUAAAAACGAUAUUAAAGUGAAAUAUUGAAGUUAAAGACUGAAAUAAUCUCAAAAUGGCGACUGCGUCACAUAUAGGCGUCAAAGGCCUGGAAGGCCUCCACAGCGUGACGAUCAGACAGAAAGUGACAGGCUUUUCAAACAACAAGUACGUGGUGUUGGCGCCAGAUGGCGCUGUCAUUCUGUACGCUAAGGAAAACUCAGGCGCACUCAACCGGCUGUGGGGGAAGGAUCGUGCGUUUGAGAUUAAUAUCUAUGAUACUCAGGAUAAAGAGGUGGUCCGCCUGCGCCGACCUUACACCUUCGGUCCUGACAAGAUGGACGUGACCUUGUGCGGCAGUCUCGUCAGCGUGGUCCGUCAGGAGGUCACCUUCUUCAAGCCAGUCCUUAACAUUAACGAUGCCAAUGACCGCCCUAUGCUGAGGGUAAAGGGCCCUAUGGCUACUACUGGAGACGCGGAUUUCAAAUUGUACAACUCUAAGAAGCAGCAAGUGGGCGUGAUCGCCAAGCGCUGGGGAGGGCUGGCGAGGGAACUCUUCUCCGACGCUGAUCACUUCGAAAUCACCUUCCCUGCUGACGCUACCGUUGGAGUCAAAGCUGCCAUCAUUGGCACUUGCUUCCUCAUAGAUUUCCUGCACUACGAAAACUGAUCGGAGAAGCUGCAAAUGUUAUCUUUCAUGUCGUAUAAAAGCAUUUAAAAUUAAGAUAAGCCGCACUUGUGCAUCGAAAUAUUAUAUACGUACUGUUUUCAGAAUAAACAAUUUUAACGAUUA